AUAUUAACAUAGAGGAAAAAAAUCGCCUCAGAAAGAACGAUUUUGCUUCUUCAUUUCCUAGAGAGAGGGCAAAAAUAAUCGCAGAAAAAGAAAAUGUCAGGAUGGGACGAAGGAGCGGUGUACUACAGCAACCAGGCGCAGUUCACGGAGGCCUCCUCGGAAGCGGAAGCCGCCGCCGCAUCUUCCACCUCGAGCCGCCACUCCGUCCUCCUUAAAUUCAAGGAGUUCAUCAGAAACUUCGAGAAGGAGAAGAACGUGUUCCCGUACAGAGAAAGCCUCGUCAAUAACCCUAAAUUCCUAGUGGUCCAUCUGGAAGACCUUCUCUCCUUCGAUUCCGAUCUCCCUUCCCUCCUCCGCUCCUCUCCCUCAGAUUACCUACCUCUGUUUGAGACGGCGGCUGCGGAGGUUUUAGCGGGUUUGAAGAUGAAAGUAGCAGGGGAUUCAGGGGAAAUGGUGGAGCCACAGACGGGCGAGGUUCAGAUUUUGCUUACAUCAAAGGAGGAUCCAGUUUCUAUGCGUUCACUUGGGGCUCAAUAUAUAUCAAAAUUAGUUAAGAUAUCGGGAAUUACCAUUGCUGCUUCAAGGGUUAAGGCAAAGGCAACUUACGUGCAAUUAAUUUGUAAGAACUGUAAAAGUCCAAGGACAGUUCCCUGCCGUCCAGGUCUUGGUGGGGCAAUUGUUCCACGAUCAUGUGACCAUGUUCCCCAGCCUGGAGAAGAACCUUGCCCCAUUGAUCCCUGGCUUGUGGUUCCUGAUAGGAGCAAGUAUGUUGAUCAACAAACCUUGAAACUGCAAGAGAACCCAGAGGAUGUACCUACUGGGGAGCUUCCUAGAAAUAUGUUGCUUUCAGUGGAUAGGCAUUUGGUUCAAACGAUUGUGCCUGGUACGAGACUGACAAUAAUGGGGAUAUAUAGUAUCUUUCAAGCUGCCAAUUCAUUGACUAACCAUAAAGGAGCAGUUGCAAUUAGACAGCCUUAUAUCAGGGUAGUGGGAAUGGAAGAGACAAAUGAAGCCAGUUCCCGAGGGCCUGCCACUUUUACGCAAGAAGAGGUAGAAGAAUUCAAAAAAUUUGCCUCAAAUCAAGAUAUGUAUGAAGUCAUAUGCUCCAAGAUUGCUCCCUCCAUAUUUGGGCAUGAUGAUGUCAAGAAGGCUGUUGCUUGUCUUCUCUUUGGAGGAGCCAGGAAGAAUUUGCCAGAUGGGGUGAAGUUGAGAGGUGAUAUCAAUGUGUUGCUUCUGGGUGAUCCAUCUACUGCCAAGUCCCAGUUUCUCAAGUUUGUCGAGAAGACGGCUCCUAUAGCUGUUUAUACUUCUGGAAAAGGCUCAUCAGCUGCUGGUCUUACAGCUUCAGUUAUUCGAGACAGCAGCUCUCGAGAGUUUUAUCUUGAAGGAGGAGCCAUGGUUUUGGCAGAUGGAGGUGUAGUGUGCAUUGAUGAGUUUGAUAAGAUGAGACCAGAGGAUAGGGUUGCUAUUCAUGAAGCUAUGGAGCAACAGACAAUAUCUAUAGCCAAAGCAGGAAUAACAACUGUUCUCAAUUCCAGAACUUCAGUGCUUGCAGCUGCUAACCCUCCUUCAGGGCGUUAUGAUGAUCUUAAGACGGCACAGGAUAAUAUUGAUUUGCAGACUACAAUUCUUUCAAGAUUUGACUUAAUCUUCAUCGUCAAAGAUAUCAGGAUGUAUGAACAAGACAAGAUUAUAGCAAGUCAUAUCAUAAAAGUUCAUGCAUCUGCUGAGACAGCUUCCAGUGAUAGUAGAGCUUCUAAAGAAGAGAAUUGGCUGAAAAGGUAUAUACAAUAUUGUCGUGCAGAAUGCCAUCCCCGCCUGUCAGAAGCUGCAUGUGCUAAACUUCAGAGUGAUUAUGUUGAUAUCAGAAGGGCAAUGAGGCAGCAAUCGAAUGAGACCGGAGAGGCUGCUGCAAUCCCCAUUACUGUGAGGCAGCUGGAAGCCAUCAUAAGGUUAAGUGAGGCUCUUGCAAAGAUGAAAUUGUCACAUGUUGCCACUGAAGGUGAUGUAGCUGAAGCAUUAAGACUGUUCAAAGUUUCCACAAUGGAUGCAGCACGUUCUGGAAUUAACCAACAAAUAAAUAUCACUCCUGAUAUGGCCAAUGACAUAAAGCAAGCAGAAAACCAGAUAAAGAGAAGAUUGGGGAUUGGCAAUCGCAUAUCAGAAAGAAGGCUGAUCGAUGAUCUUACUAGAAUGGGGAUGAAUGAAUCAAUGGUAAGAAGAGCCAUCUUAAUUAUGCAUCAGAGAGGUGAAGUCGAAUAUCAACGAGAGAGGCAUAUUAUUGUUCGAAAAGUAUAACCUGCUGUUCCUGAGCCUGAGUUGAGCCAGGGCUUUGUUUCUACCACAAGCUCCAAUUGUAAUCCUGGUUACAUGAAGUAACCAGUUUCUCAAUCUGGAAUGGUCAUACUAACAAAAAGCUAUCUUAUACCGCAACUGAGGUUUGGCUUCCAAUCCUUGCCCAACGGUAGCCUUUCUAAUGGAGGGUCUUAAUGUGUUAUUUCAAGCUUUACAUUUAAUGUAUUCUAAGGAUGGUAUCAAGUAUUCUUGGCAUAUCUGACUGUAUGUUAAGCAUGUAAAUUAUCUGAAGACUUGACUGGAGAAACUACUUUGGUAUUUUCAAGUGUUUGAUUUUUUUUUUUUUCUUUGCAA